CUAAUUGCACAUCCCUGCACAUUUAACCAAUCACGAUCUCGGAUGUUCUUUACAAAGGACCUCUUUCAAGAGCAAAAAAAGUUGGGCUCAGGGAACCUAUGUUUUCAUCAGGGUUCUUUUUGAGUUCCAACCCCUUUACUUUGGAAAUAUUCAUUUUAUGAGUUCUACCUGAUCAAGUGAAAUAAAGGCUCUUCAGGUUUCAUCUUUGUUUCUUUCAUAUAAUUUUUCCAAUUUAGAGCAAAGAAAAUGAAUAGCCUCAGAAAAGUGGGUUCUCCAAGGGGGGGAGAGGUUGGAGAGAUUGACACAAGAGCACCAUUCCAAUCUGUCAAAGCUGCUGUUAGUUUAUUUGGAGAAGUAGCCGUCUCUAGGGACAGAUUCUCUAUCAAGAGAAGAUCAUCAGAGAAUGUAUUUGAAAAGGAAACACAGCUUAUCUUGGCCCAAAAAGAAUUAAACAAGAUAAAGAAACAGGUGGAUAAUGCUGAGGCCACCAAAGCCAAAGCACUUUCUGAACUUGAGAGUGCCAAGGAGAUCCUUCAGGGUUUGACAACCAAGCUGGCCAACGUGAGACGAUGCAAGCAAUCUGCAAUGGCAGCAGCUGAAAUUGUGAGGAAUCGGAGCAGGCGAUUUGAAAAGACACUAUCCCUAAAAGCCGUGGGAUAUGAAGCUUGGAAACAAGAAAUAGAUCACGCAAGAAAAGAGUACAACACCACUAUAACUGAGCUAGAUUCUUCCAAGCAAGAACUCACCAAAUUAAGUCAGGAUUUUGAUGCAGUUUUGGAGGCAAAGCUGGCAGCAUUGCAAGCAGCUCGAGAGGCUCAGCAUUCAGCAAAAUUAAACUCAGAAAGGAUCACUGAACUCUCAAAUGAAAUUGCAACCAUGAAAGCCUCAGUUGAACAAUUGAAACUCGCCUUUGACCAACCCCAAGAAGAAAGUGAGGCCCAACUUGUUGGUUAUUACAAAACUGCCAAGGAAGAAGCACAGAAAAACUUGGAAGCCUUGAAGAAAGAAUAUGAUCCUGAACUAACACAAAGCCUAGACACCAAACUCGCUGAAACAAGUGCAGAGAUUGAGGCUCUUCAAGAUCAGAUUAAGAAACUGCAUGCUUCUAAGAUGGAUGCUGUGAGACUUUUAACUUCAGAGCUUAAAGAAGCCACAAAGACACUUGAGGACAUUGCUGAAGAAAAGAACUCCCUUAAAAAACUGGUGUUUUCUCUCAGGACAGAUUUGAAGCAAGUGCAGGAGGAGCAAGGUGAAGUGAAGGAGAAGAAACACGCAGUAGAAGCUCUUGCUGCUAACCUCACUGGUGAACGGCAAAAGAAGAUAGGAGAGGCUAGGCCUGAGCCAUGCACUGUGGAGGACCUAGAAGCUGAUAUCUUCUAUGUGAAGAAUGCAAAGAUUCGGAAGCUACAAUUGGAGACAGAAGGUGCUAGAAGAGAAGCAGAAGAGAUGAAGAGAAAAGCUCAAGAGCUGAAGCGAGAAGCUGAAAGAGCCAGGGCUGUGGCUGAAGAAGCAGAGGAAAAACUUGAGCUCGUUCUGGUGGAGGCUAAAGAGGCAAAAGCUGCAGAACUAAGAGCUGUUAAGGAAAUGAAAAUUUUGUCUGAAGUGGGUAGAGUCCCGAACUCAAAAUUCAGUGGCACAAUCAAGAUUUCAAAUGAAGAGUUUGAGGCAAUGAGAGUAAAGGCCAAGGAGUGUGAGGAUUUGGUUAAAAAGAAAGAGGCAAUUGUGAUGGCAGAGCUGCAACAAAUCUGUGCUAGAAAGAAUGAAGUGGACAGAAAGGUGGAAACUAAUCUGAAGGCAAUUGAGGAAACAAAGGCUGCUAUAGAGACAGCUUUGUGGUGUGCAGAGAUGGCAGAUUCAGCAAAAGUGGCAAUUGAAAAUGAACUAAGGAGGUGUCGUCAACAACAACAAAAGGUGGUACCCGAUGCUGCUUCCCAGAAAGUGGAGCAUUCUGCAACACCAAUCCCGUUGACCAUCUAGAAUAGAAGUCAAAUCUUGGAUAUGUAGAUGGCAGAGGAAGUGACUUGGUUCUUGUGUUGCCUUUCUGCCUUUAUCUUGGAAGAUUGACUAUCACUUUUGUUGAUGUUUCCAUCUUUCAAAAACAAAUCAAAUGUGCAAAUAAAAUUCUCACUGUCAACAACCUGCUUUUUCCCUUGUUCCUAGAGCCCUUAAUAAACAAGUUUCUAGCUCU